GGAGACAGCAGCCGCGGCAGCACUGACGCUCAGUUUCGCUCUAUCACUCUACAUGCGCCCUCUCUCUGCGUUAAACCUUGAUUUAUUCACAACUCUGAGUUACAGCAAGUCGUGUCAACUUAGCGAGCUAUUAUAGUCUCUUUAUUAGACGUGAAAUCGUGUGGAUUUGGUCUCCUGACUGUCCGGUCUGGACGAGUCUAAUUAUUCUAACUAAAACAGAUAUAUGUAUUUAUAGUUUUCUAAGACGUAUGCGAGUUUUUUGUUUUCCUAAGCAACGCGGAGCUAAUAGAUCCCAGAUUAUCUUGUUGGUUUAGUUAGAAAUGUUUCUCAGGUAGUGUAUAGGUAGAGGUACUCGGUUUAUAGGAUCUCACAGCGACUAGAUAGUUGCUGUGUAAACUGUGUAAAAACGGCACUAACAUACAGGUGACUGGGGCUCAAAGCUGUCGGAGGAUAUGGAAUCCACAAAGGCUGGUGGAGUAAUAGCUUACAUUAGCUCCUCGAGCUCUGCCUCCAGUCCAGAGUCGUGCCACAGUGACUCCUCCAACAGCAGCUAUCAGUCCUGCUCUCCGCCUCACGCAGGGCAGGGCCAACAGGGCGAGGCCCUUCCUGUGGCCUCUCAGUCCCGACAACCAAGGAACAGUGGAGGGAAGGCACGAUCCCCCUCCACCACCAAAAGUGGCAUUACAAAGAUUAACGGUCUGGUGCUGCUAUGUAAAGUGUGUGGAGAUGUGGCGUCAGGAUUUCACUACGGCGUUCACGCUUGUGAGGGAUGUAAGGGUUUCUUCAGGAGGAGCAUUCAGCAGAACAUUCAGUAUAAGAAGUGCCUUAAGAACGAAACCUGUCCCAUUAUGCGCAUCAACAGGAACCGGUGCCAGCAGUGCCGUUUUAAGAAAUGUUUGCUCGUGGGCAUGUCCAGAGAUGCUGUACGUUUUGGCCGGAUUCCUAAACGAGAGAAGCAGCGCAUGCUGCUCGAGAUGCAGAACGCAAUGAACAACAUGAUGAACAACAGCCACGGCAAUCAGCCCCUGCCUCUUAGCAACCAGAUUUCAGCCACCGAUGGAGCUUCAGAGGACAGCUCUGGCCCUUCCUCUCGUUCCCCCUCCACCUCCCCCAGGAGCAACAGAUCCGAAACCAGCCCUGACCCCGAGCUGCCGAUCGCCAUGGAUACGAACCCAAGCUCAGACUCCUCCAGUGCCACUGACAGCGGGGAGGAGGAGGUUAUCGGCACAGUUACCAGGGCACACCAGGAGACAUUCAUGUACAAUCAGGAGCAGGGCAGCAUGCCUUCAGAGGCCCCUAACAACUACAACCAUUGCACAGAGAAGACUCAGGAUGUCUGGAACCGUGAGAACAAUACAUCCUCAGUGAGUGAACAGAAGCCACAGUCGAGCUGUGGUCCACAGGGGACUGAAGACUCUGGCCGACAUUACAGUACUCAGAGCAGCUGUCCAGUCAGACUACCCAACAGCAUCUCCGGUGGACCAUCUCUGCAGAACCUUUGUCUGAGAGCUCAUAAUGACAAUGAAACCCAUGCCCAUGGCAGCUAUAAUGUCCCAACAUUCGCAAGGGUAAACAGGAUGCACCUGGUUUGCCCCAUGAAUACAUCACCCUAUGUGGAUCCUCAGAAGUCGGGUCACAGUAUUUGGGAGGAGUUCUCCAUGAGCUUCACCCCAGCUGUCAGGGAGGUGGUGGAAUUCGCAAAGCGUAUCCCAGGAUUCAAAGAUCUAUCCCAGCAUGACCAGGUCAGCCUGCUCAAGGCUGGUACCUUUGAGGUGCUGGUGGUGCGCUUUACAUCCCUGUUCGAUGUGAAGGAGCGGACGGUUACAUUUCUGAGUGGCAAUAAGUAUAGCGUGGAGGCUCUGCGGUCUUUGGGCGCUGGAGAUCUCCUCAACUCAAUGUUUGACUUCACUGAGAAGCUGCAAGCUCUCAACCUCAGUGACGAGGAAAUGAGCCUCUUUACGGCCGUAGUGCUGGUGUCUGCAGAUCGUUCUGGUCUCGAGAACAUCAACUCAGUUGAGGCACUUCAGGAAACUCUGAUUCGAGCUCUGCGCAGCUUGAUCACCAAGAAUCACCCCAACGAGAUUGCCAUCUUUACUAAACUGCUUCUCAAACUUCCAGACCUGCGCUCCCUCAACAACAUGCACUCUGAGCAGCUCUUGGCCUUCAAGGUCCAACCCUGACCACCCACCAACCCCCAUAACUGUGGACCACACCCCCUCCCAUCCACUUCCAGAGCCUCCAGGCCCAUUUCUGUCACCCACUAAGCCAAUGGGGAGCCUGUUCUUGUUCAAAGCCCCUUAGCUGACAUUUCUCCUCAUGAGGACUUCUGGGUAAAUAUGGAGGUAGUUGGGGGUGGGGGGGGGGGGGGGGGGGCUGCAGAUACUUAAGUCAUUGUACUGUAAAACGCCUCUGUUCGUGCUAAUGCACAAGACCCGCAAACACAAACUGGACGGGUUUCGUUGUAGAUGCUUACGAGAGUUUGUAUGAUUACGGGGUUUGUGUGUACGCAGAGGCACCUUGAAUUUGUUUUUAGAUUUAUACUGCCUGUGCAAUAAGUGACACGUUCACUGUUUUUGGAUUGUUCCUUGUUGGUCUUUUAAUACUUUCAGAGAAGAGGAAGUACGGUAUCUUGUGGCUGUAUGAAAGCUGUGUGUUGUUAACGGGAGGGGAUAUGAAGGGAUAUUCUAACACAUAAGCUUAAAACAAAUGAGAAACUAGUACACAAGCACAGUUUGAUGUCCUUUCUAUAAUUUGAAGACAAGAAAAGACAAAAAGCACCAACUAUGUAAUGGAAGAAUGUGGAACAAGCUGCUAAUCAGAGCUUUCUGGCAGAAAGACACAAGAAUGUUUAAUGGAUAGAUCUAUUUUUGUAGUUUGUUUCCAUCUUAAAAAUUGUCGUUAAGUGCAAAGGAAGCCACUCUAUCCUUAGGCCUGAAACAUUACUCAAGUAUGAGAAUGCAAAGCUCAAUUUUAUGGUAAAGGUCCUCAAGUUCCAGCCAUGCAUGGCUUACCGACACUGUAGGAAACAUUAACAGUCAGUUUUAUCCUUCAGGUCAGCCAUGGUGGUGCAAUAAUUUGAAAAGAAUCUUGCUAAGAAAGUUAAAGUUAGUUCAAGUUUAUAGAUAGCUACCUGAAUAAUGACACAUGUGGUUUAUUGGUACAAACAUUUGAAAGUGACUCCUGCAGCUUAAGUGUUUGUUACCGCCAAUAUUUAACUAGACCGCAGGCUUGGCCAAGCAUUUGCGUUCUUGCAUAGAGUAUGUUUCCGACUUUAGAUCUGCAUAAUGGUGCAUCUGUGUAUAUGUUUUGAUUCGUAGGGCUUUUAGUAAUGACACAAUGUUUCAUGUUGCUGAAUGACAAAAGGAAGGACAUAUGCGUUUUAUCUCUAUAAGAAUGCAUGCUCCUCCCAGUACUGAUGGGACACAAAGCCAUCUAGUGAUGUCAUAAUGUCUGAUUAUAGCUGAGGCCACAUCCUAACUGACACCUGCCAACUUGAUGCAUCUGUAUGGGUGAUCAUUUCAGGCUGAAUAUUUAUGAUGAAUUUUUUGACUGAUGGUUUGGGAGGAAACGCUCCACUUCAUAUAAUUGCAAUUCUGUUCAUUUCUCUUUUUUGAAUGUUAUUUUUUUUUUUUUUUUGGCAAGUCUGUUGAGUGAAAGUUCUUAUAGAAUUAUUGUGUCUGUGUGAUUAGCUGCAGUAAGCAGAUAGUGCACAUACUUGAGCACCGUUGGACCAGACAGGAAAAGGAAACUGGACAUGGCCCAAAACUCCACCAAGGAACACUGGCAAUGCCUCUCUCCCUGCCAUCUCUGGGCAUCAACUCUUCUCGGGUCAGAUCUGAUAUCAAAGCUGCUGUACAUGAAUAGUUAAUUAAAGAAGUAUCUUCAGUUAGUUUCGGUGUUGGUGUUCCUGUUUCAUUGUUCAGCCUGUGGCUCACUCAUUGUCUGUGUUGUGUUGCCAUAAUCCAGUCUGUCUGUUUUCUUCUGUGAAAGCAUUGUAAGCUAGAUAUAUAUAUUGGAUAUAUAUAGAGAUUUAAAUGUAUAUAAAUAAGAAAAUAAACAGAUAAAUGCUGA